ACAUUUAAUCCUCCACCAGGCUAAUUUCUGGGUAAAGCCACAACGCGUGUUGGUGUGUAUCUGUAUUGUCACCCACUUCAGGACGUAGUCUGAACCUCGAAUGCAUGGUUUGCAGGCCUGGAGAGGAUGUGUCAUUGCUCAGAGGUUUUCCCCUUUUAACUUGUGGGCCUCUCUCUCUGUCUGUCUCUCUCUAUUUAUCUAUAUCUUACUGUCUGGACCUAAACUUAUUGCAAGUUUGGUUUUCUGUAAAAAUUCGUCAACUUGCCAUGACUUCUAAUAAGAACACAGUGUGUAGACUUUGUUAGUCAUUGUAGGAUGGCAAGCAUGCACUAUAGUCUAUGUAGCGGUUAUCAUUAUGAACAUCGGUAUAUGUUUAGUGAUAAUUAUAUGUCCGUAGUCAGCAUUGGACUAUUUUAUUUUUGUAGUAGCCUUGUUGUUACAUACAGUAGGAAAUACAUAACAGGUUGAAUGGAGAUUACCCAGCUCAUCAUACCCUGUAAUUACUUUUCCCAGCAAUCUUCUUCCAUUCUCAAGAAAUCCACUUGUCUGCUUGUGCUAAGAUGAUUCGAAUCCACAACCCCCACCCUCUGCCUUUUUUGCAUCAGACUGAAAUGUUUCUGAGGGCAGGUACACUGUGUGACACCAUCCUCACUGUGGAGGGUUACACUUUCAAAGCCCAUGCAUUGGUACUAUCCUGGGCCAGCAAGACCCUUGAACGUCAGCUGAUCAACCAGAAUCCAGCUAAAGGCUACUGCUGCACUGUUGAUGGUGUUUCCCCACAAACUGUUAAGCAAAUCCUUGACUACGUGUACAGUGCUUACGUAGAAGUUCCAAAAGGGGACCUUCCAGAUUUGCUUAGGGGUGCUCAACAUCUGGAGAUGCAGUCACUUAUGGAGCAGUGUGAGUUGCAAUUGGGGAUCCAAGGCAGUGUUAAUGGUAGAGAAGAAGAGAGGUCCUCCCCCGACAUUGACGUAGGAGAAUGUGAUUCAAGAAAAAAAAUCCCCUCUUCUGAUGAAGUGUCUCUCAGUUCUUCUUUAGAAUCUCCUUCUCUGACACACUUUGACCAUGAAAAGUCACAGCAUGUCACUAAUCUAUCAACCCCACCACAGAAACCCCCCUUGUCCAUUAGCAUAGCCUCUCCCACACACUCCAGGGAACCUAUUUCCUCCUCUCCCUCACUGGCCCAGAGCCCUUCACUUCACUGGCCCCCAGUUAACCCAUCACGUCAUAUGGUCCUUACUUAUACUGACUUCAUGGCAUUCCAGCACAUGGUGGCAUGUUCAUAUCCCACAACAAUGUACCCGUUCUUACAGCGCUCUCUCCAGCUCCAGAUGCCUUCAUCUCUAGUGGGCUACACAGGCCUGCUUCAUCCCCAUCAACACAUUCUGCGUCCUAAGCCUCUAACUCUUGAUGGUCCAUUUGCCCAGGAGAUCAAACAAAAGACUGACCUCAUCAGUGCAGUUGCGCCAGGGGCAGCAACACAGGAAAGAGAAAGGAAGUCAAAGGUGCAGUCAGAUAAGGAGACCCAUUGUAAACACUGUAGAAGGCCGAUCGAAAACUCCUGGAGACAGAGCAUGAGGUCAGCAUCAGCAGAUUUAGAAGAGCUUCUUCCAGAAUGUAAAUUCUGUCAAAGGAGUAUGAGAGAGAAGCGUUCACUGCGCUCACUAAGAAGGGGCCAUGGAGGAGAGAAACCCUACCAGUGCAAAAACUGCAACAAGAGAUUCAGUCUAAAGCACCAGCUAGAUACACACCUUAGGGUUCAUACAGGUGAAAAGCCAUUUGAGUGUCGUCUUUGUGGUCAACGGUCACGUGAUUACUCUGCUAUGAUCAAGCACCUGCGUACUCAUGGGGGCGCCACACCAUAUCAGUGCACAUUGUGUUUGGAGUUCUGCAGUAGCCUGGUGACCAUGCAGAAGCACCUAAAGGGUCAUCCAAGUCAGGACUUUCCCCCUAACUGGAGCCUGAGCAGCACCUACCUCUACAGCUGCCAUGCAUAAGAGCCAAUGUAUACUGACCAGCCAAACUCUCUGUGUUCAGGAUCAUAGAUACCGGGUUAGACAAAUAAGAACAUACAACCAAUGUAGUAGUUUUAUUCAGCAAAUAUUACUACCAACAUUAUGAAUGAACUACCCAUAACAAAUAUAAACAUUUCACGGUAGUAAAUUGCAGGACUUCAAGAAAAAAAAUGUACAUAGAAUGCUAUGUUAAAUGAGUUCACUGUUCUCAGUUUAUAUGUACAUAAAGUGAAUGGCUUUAUCUAACAUAAGUAUUUGCUGAAGUAUCUUAGUACAGUCUAUGUAUGACAUUAUUUGAUAAAUUAAAUAAAAAACAUCAAUAUAAAUACACUGUAUAUACAGCAAAAUAAGAAAGACAGAAAAAGAAAGACUGUUGCAAUUUUUCACAUAGUAUCACACAAAGUUUCUUAAGAAAUUAAACAUUGUGGAUUUGUGGAUAAGAGUUCUUCAUCGGCUGCAGCUGUGCAGACAAAGCACUUUUGAAAGCUAUAUAUAGUAACUGUAUUGAAUAGUUACAUUCUUUAUGAAAUGUAUGUUAUCAAUUUUGCUGCUUUAAAAUUUUUCUCAUGCAAUUUAUAUGCAGUAGCUCAAAACCAUCAGGUUAGAUUAUUAGUCUUCAUGAGACAAAUUUCCUUUAUUUCUUUACAUUUCACAGCAGCGACAGAAAGAUUUUUCUCUAUCCAACUGUUGCUUUUUCUUAGCACUCAGGUCAUGCAUGAAACAUAUUCAUGGCUUUUAUAAUUACCAAAUUAAAGCAUUAUAAUUCUUAACUAAACUUGUAUUUGUGUUAAAUCUGGUUCACAAUUAAGUUCAUCUUUAUGUUCAUCAAUACAAAAUUAGGUAGAAAUACUGUAUGUAUAAUGUGUUAAAUACUAAGUUAUACUGGAUGUGUCAUUAAGAAGACAUCAUUAGUAAAUCAUUAUGUAAUUUAUUUAAGUAUUUAAGUAUUGUCCUCUAUUGUACUUUACAUUUACUUUUGGCAGAUGCUCUUAUCCAAA